CCCAGUGAGCGCACGCAUAAUGCGCCUGCGCUGUCGAUGAAUCUUCGAUCUCUUGCGCGCAACCUCUACCAGAGGACCCACUACAAACUACCAUCGAUUCUCCACAACGAUAGCUUCAAUCACUUUCUCGAACAGCGAGGCUAGACUUCUCGCCGCCUAUUUCGCCAGGGUCGGCGUAAGCUAUAUCAGGAGACUUCGUAAGUACGACUAUCGGUCUGACGCUCUUUAGGUCGAACCCCGUGGCAACACGCAGCUCUGGACGGGUGUGGGUCGCACUGCUGGUGGUAUUAGCGGUGGUCGUAAUGGUCAUACCGCCUACGACGACAUCAUUCGCAUCAAGAGGAAGGCAGAGAGUGUCGCUGUCCCUGCUGCUGCCACUAGCACCGGCCCCCCUGCUCCUGCUACUGCUCCUCCCGCCGCUCUCGCUCCUGCUCCUGCCACCACCUCCACCCCUCUCUCCCGCCCCAAGAUCAGGAUCCUGCCUCCUAGACCCCAGGCCCCUGUCGUUGUCGCCGCCGCCGCCACUCCCAACGAGGAGAGCGAGGAGGAAGAGAAGGCUCGCAAGGUCGACUUGCUCCUCGACGCCGCCGGCAUCAAUGCCGAAGACUCUGACGCCUAAAUGGCGUCUUAUUGCUCUGGCCCCCUGGCCCCCUGGCUGCUAUAGAAUCAGUCAGGCUAGAAUAAUGAAGACUCGUUUCCCGCUUUCACUACAUCUUUACUACUGCACGUGACCUUCGACUAUUGCACGUGAUGUACUCUUGCUAUAAGAUGUUGUUUUGUAUUAUCUACCCACUGUGUGUAUAUCG